GCUGAGAAACUAAUGGGUAAUGUGCAACAGACGGGGUUAGUCUGUAUCAACCGAACGAGACUUGAUCAGCCGAUGACUCCGAAGGACGCGUUGUACAGGAUCUAACUUAUCUACAUUAACGAAAUGCGUCUUACUUGGAAACGAUGGACUGUGUGCACCAUUAGUAUUCUCUUGAUUUUUUACAAGACGAAAGACAUAACAACAAGAAGUGGGGAACAUCAGGAAGCCCAACUCAAAGGGGAUGGUGAGCUAAUAGCCUCCAGACUAAUGGUCAAUAGCUCGGAGAAAAGCAGCGGGAGGACCGUGCCCGAUGCCCCCCAGCCCUUGGCGGACGGCUGGCGGGUCAACUCCUCGCUGGUGCUAAUGAUAAGAAAGGACAUCUUACGAUUCCUGGAUGCUGAACGGGAUGUGUCUGUGGUGAAGAGCAGCCUGAAGCCUGGUGACACCAUCCACUAUGUUCUGGACCGGCGCCGGACGCUCAACGUCUCGCAGACCCUACACAAGCUGCUGCCUGAGGUUUCUCCUCUGAAGAACCGGAGGUUCAAGACCUGCGCUGUUGUUGGCAACUCGGGGGUGCUGCUAAGUAGCGGAUGUGGCCAGGAGAUAGACAGCCACGAUUUUGUAAUACGAUGUAACCUGGCCCCACUGGCCGAGUUUGCGGCCGACGUAGGCCUGCGCUCAGACUUCACCACCAUGAACCCAUCGGUUAUCCAGCGGGCGUACGGGGGCCUGCGCAAUGCCACGGACCGUGAGCGCUUUGUGGAGCGGCUGCGGGCGCUCAACGACAGCGUGCUGUGGAUCCCCGCCUUCAUGGUGAAGGGCGGCGAGAAGCAUGUGGAGGGCGUCAAUGAGCUCAUCCUGCAGCGGAGCCUGCGCGUGCGGACGGCCUACCCCUCGCUGAGGCUCAUCCACGCUGUCAGGGGGUACUGGCUCACCAAUAGAAUUCACAUCAAACGGCCAAGUACUGGAUUACUCAUGUACACCUUGGCCACUCGUUUCUGUGAUGAGAUUCACCUCUAUGGCUUCUGGCCCUUUCCCAAAGACACACAUGGGAACCCAGUGAAGUACCACUACUACGACACACUCAAAUAUCGCUACUUCUCCAACGCAGGGCCGCACAGAAUGCCAUUGGAGUUCAAGACUCUGAAAACAUUACACAGCAAAGGUGCUCUGAAGCUGACGACCUCAAAGUGCGUGCAACCUUGAAGUGCUCUUUGCACACAACCUUGAAGUACUGAUCAUGAUGUCGUUUGGUGGCAUUCGUGAUUGAUAUGCUAUUUGGAAGAGAGUGUAUGUACUCAUAAAGAGAUCAUGGAAGAGACUCAUUAGGCCAUGAUUCAGUUUGUCAAGAGAACAGGUACUGAGUGUGUUGCCUGAGUGCCUUCAGUAUUGGAACCGUUGAAUGACAGGAUUUUAAGACUGUUCGAUAAUAUAAAUUGUGUUUUGGAUGCAGUACAUCGCUAUGGAACUCAAAUUCUGAGUUCUGUGACCUCUUUCAGAGUCAGACACUGUACUUUCCGCAGUCACUUCUGGUUUCAUUGAACCAUUACACAUAAAUUACAAUAUUCUGAAUUCCCCUAUUUGUCUUUAGUAUGGACCCUUUCAAGAGUUUCAUUAUCAGCAUCAUAGUUGGCCCCACAAGACUUCCUUUUUAACAUUCCAUAUGUUAUCUUAAUGCAGAGGAAGUAGAUUGGGGCCCAAAUAGAACGUUCAAGCAUUGUUUUUGUUUUUAUUGUUGAAAGGGUCUAUACACGGAUAGAAGGAUAUAUGCCAAACGACCUAUUGAAGCAAUUUGGAUGUUCCAAAAGGGACUGGGUUCCCUUCAUUUUAAACCCAAAGACGGUAAUUUCUGUUUCACUUUCUUUUACAGAUUGUAUUGUUCUUCAAUGCUGUACUUUUUAGAAGUUAGAGGCCUCAGGUCAAAAAUUAUUUUUAUAUGUUUAGAUAGUGGCCAAUGUGAAAUUUCACACAUACUAUUUAUAUGAUUGAUUCAGCUUCUUACACUAAUGUGCAUUUGCCUGGAUAAAUUUCCCCUUUUGUAAAACUUGGAUGUAAAACAUUGCUGAAUGUACAACUGCCUAAGCGGUGUGGGCUAUACUAUCUUGUGUGCUGUGUAGAUGAUAGAAAAAUUACUACUUAAGAGUAUUAAAAUUACAGUCACUUACUGACACUUGUCUUUCACUCUUCUCCAUACUGAUGUCAUCAUAGGCAAUAGAUUACACAAAGUGUGUAACACCCAUCAUACUGUUUCCAUCAUCUGAAUUCUUGUGCCAACCGACUGGCCUGCUUUUGUGAGUCAUAGCCUAACUGAAUAAGAUAAUUAUACUAUUGGGCAUACAUUACCCUCUGCAUUCAAAUAGUGAGGUCAUGUGUUUAGCUGCUGAUGUUGGCACAUUGAGUCUGUCUUACAUGCUCAUCCUUCACAACAAUGUUGAAAAGCAUGUUCUGAAAUACACAAGGGUAUGCCCCCAUCCAAGAAUGUGCCGUCAAGGAACAGAAUUGCCAGAGGGAAUUGUAUUUAAUUUCUUUCUCGCAUCAUUUGUUGUCUUUUAAGGUCAAAACCACUCAAGUCAGGUAUCAACAAUGUGAUUAUGUACAUACAUGAUAGUCUAUUGAAUAUAGAGCAACAGGAAUGAAUUGGAAUGUCUCUCCAUUUAUGUAAUGAUUAUGUAAUAAACUGUGAUCUGCCUUUUGUAAAGAAUAUCAGUAUUCAUUUAGAAUGAAUAAGGAAAGGUCAUUUAGAUAAUGAUGUGCAUCAUGCCUUUUAUUGUAAUAUAUUUAUUUAUUCUUUAUUCAUGUGAAAUCUGCUGUGUUGUAUAUUAUUUUUUAUAUAGGUUCAUAUGUCUGUAAUUUAUAUUAAUGUAAUGUUUUUGUACUUUGAAUCAAACCGACUUAAGAUGUUGAAUGUGAUAGUUAGCCUAUAGGAUUUGGAUCAUUUGUAAAAGAAAUUUGAUACUUUCCCUCUUACAUUUUAGUUACAGUUUUUGUUCGAAUUUGUUUUUAUCAAAUUUCUAUGUUUGUGAAAAUGCAUUUUAGAAAUGUUGAUUAAAUAUGAAUAUUUACUAUG